AUGAGCCCGUCCACCACGGCCGUCACAAACACCGCCUUGACUGAUGGGCCCAAGGGAACGUUCUCCAAUGGCGCACCGGGGCCAUUCCAUAAAAGGGCCCCUUCAGGGGGCCCCAAGCGUACCCUAUUGCACAUUGACGACGUGCUCCAUGUCGAUGUCAAGAUGGACAACCUGUCGAUCGAGAAGGUCCUCGAGUCCGCCGAGCACAGCAUAAAGAUGGCCGAGUCUUUGAAGGAUUUCGGCCGGCCGGAUAUGGCUCUAAGAGAAUACGUGAAGGCGUCCAUCAUAACCUUACAUGUCAUUCCGGCCCAUAAAGACUGGCUGCGACUUCGAUCCGACAACAAGGGAAAGGCGGCACGGUACAAUACUCUCAUAGGCCGCAUCGACGCCAAAAGUGCCGAGUUUGACCAGGUCAAAGUGGUGAUCAAGGAAGAUAACAAACGCACUGGGGUUCGGCCAUCUUCACAGGAUCAGGGACAAGGCGUAGGACCAGCAAAUUUCCACUUGGCCAAUGGUUCCCACGAGACAGCUCCUCAUGCUGCUGGCAGGGCCGCACCCAAUUCAAAUGGAUCCCACAGCCAAUCUGUGGACUCGAGUGUUCAGCAUAUCUCGAGAGAUCACGACGAAAGGCCAACAUCUCUUCCGAGGCCGAAACCUCGACCUGCCAUCCAGCCUAAACCGCAAGCGCUCCACGGAAACAGUAUCAGACCGGUCGUCAGCAGUGGAGUCGAGGGUAGCAAGGCUGCCGUGGACUUGAAUGAACGCUUCGCCAAACUUCGGAGUGCAAACGGCGCGUUGGGCCAAGAACCUCGGACGCACCAAGCGCGGCCCUCGGGCCCCAGAGGCAUGCCGGGUGCCCCGUCGCAUAUUCCAAUGCCACAUGCACUGCCAGACAUGCCCAAGGUGCCGGAAGCGAUAUACAGCCCAAGUCCAGCAAGGGGCUCUGUUUCUAGUGAUAUUGGGCACGCGCCGCUGACAGGAACUCCAAGAGGCAUGUACAGCAGGACGAACUCGGUAGUCUCAAUUUCCGGCGAAAACAAGACCCCGGGCACCCAUGACUACUUCAACGCUACACAUACCGGUGGAAGUGGCCAUGUACCAGCUCGGAAAGCCAAAGCCGUGAUACCGCCCGGUGAUGAUAUCAAUGCUCAGGACCUAGUCGACCUGAUGCAGGCAGGUACCAGGGACAUCAGUAUUCUCCUGAUCGACGUGAGAGCUCGUGAUCAGUACGAUGAGGGGCACAUCCCUAGCCAGUUUACCAUUUGUGUUGAGCGUGAUAUUUUGCAGCGCGAGAACCCAUCUGCUAGUCAGAUUGCUGAAAGCAUGAUACUCGCACCAGAGGCCGAACACAACCUCUUCGAUAGGAGGCACGAGUUUGACAUGAUCGUUUUCUACGACGAUGCGUCGGAGAGAAUUCAGAAGAGCCCGGAGACGCCUGCAGAGAUAGCACUGUCAAGCCUCUGGAACGCUCUCAAAUUAUAUGACUUCACGCAGAGCUCCAGUCCAGAGACAAGGCCUUUGAAGCUGUUGAAGGGCGGCAUCGAAGCCUGGAUAGAUCUCGUCGGGCCCAAUUCGUUACAGACAACAUCGAGCGUUGGUGCUCGGCAGCUGAAGAGGUCCAGGCCGCUUGGCCCAAGGCCUGGGCCGCGGCGAAAUGCCACCAAACCGAUUCAGGAUGCGGAAGAAGCCAAACGAUGGGAGGAAGCCGUUCAGGACCCGGAACAGGCGGGGUUCAUACGGACCAAAGACGACUUCCUGCGACGAUUCCCACCCGUGUCCGCCCUCCAGGAGUCAAUGACAUCUCCCGUCAGAGACAACGAGAGUCCCCGCCACUCCUUUGCCUCAGCUCGCCAGCCUAAUGCGUAUGCGGCCUUGCCUUCACCGCCAACUCGGCCGGCGCCCGCGGUCCCUCGCCAGAACCACAGCGACACGCUCGCCACAGAAGACGAAGACCGCUAUGUGUCGAUUAAGAGAAGUACGGCUGGCGUGGGCAAGAAGAAGAAGAACAGGAUCGGCCUGUACAACCCAGGCAACUGGUGCUACGGCAACAGUUCCUUCCAAGCGCUGUUCAACUCUGGGGCCUUUGCGGACGAGUUGUCGAGCGGGCAGUGGGUCAACAAUUGGAGAGUACCGAUGAAGGCAGAUGAAAAGAUAGCGCACCCGCAACUCAUGGCCAAGAUCAUCUCGAGCCUAUUCCACUGGAUGCAGGAGGGCAAGUUUGAAGCCAUCAAGGCUAAGACUCUUAUGGACUAUUGCUACCACAUAAAUUCCAAGGAUGGCAAUGGCAAUCGCAAGGGCCAACACCUCAUCUUUGGGGGCACCGCGCAACAAGACGCGCAGGAGUUCAUGGCCUUCCUCUUUGCCGAGCUGCACGACGAGACCAACCGCGUCCGCAAUCGGACCGGCCAUCCUCAACAACCUGAUCCCGGCCUCAGCGCCUUGGCAAGCGCUCUCACGUACUGGAGGAGCUGGAAGCAAUACAAUGACAGCAUUAUCGACAAGUACUGGCGCUGCCUGGAGGUCGUGACCACGCACUGCACAGUCUGCGGCCACAACAAUAGCAACAUCACCCCGUCGGACAUUGUCUUCACGUCGAUCCCCCCGCAGUUCGACGGCGAGGUCAGUCUGUACAACCUGCUGGACGAAGACAAUGGGACCGAGCAGCUCGAGGACUACAAAUGCGACAAGUGCAGCACGCGAGGCAGCUCUGAGCGCCGGCACAGGUUUGGCCGCCUGCCCGACCGCCUCUGCAUCGCCAUCAAGCGUUUCGAGAUGAACUACUAUUCCGACACUGUGAUGUCGCGGAAGAAGAACAAUACAGUCACCUUCCCCCUGCGCAACUUGGACUUGACGCCCUACACCGUCCAGGCCACCGAGCAGCAGCAGUCUCCCAUCCACCCCCACCAUCAACACCGCCACCACCACCGCCACCACAGCACGAGCAGCAACGGCACUGCCCCGCUGUCGCUGCCGCUGUCGCCUCCUCCUCCUCCGCCCAAGGCCGGCGCCAGCAUCGCGGCGGACCUCGUCGACGACAUGCAGCCCUUCACGGCACCCUUCGCCUACGACUGCUACUGCAUCAUCGUGCACGGCGGCACCCUGACCAGCGGGCACUACCGCGCCUUUGUGCGGGACGAGGCAUCCGACGACCCCUCGGCCUGGCACCAGUUCGACGACCACAAGGUCAAGCCCGUCAAGCUCGCCCUCAAUGGCCGCAACGAGCCCAACGAGGCGCUCAAGAAGGUCUUCAUGGACGAGUAUAAUGGGUCCAGCGCGUACAUGCUGUUCUACAAGCGCCGCUCCCAUUGA